GGGCGGGGAUGGAGCCCUUCUUGUCGCCGCCGGAGGCGCAAAGGCUGUGCGCUGGGAGUAGAUCGGUGGCGGCUGCGCGCUCCUCCUGCAGGCGGGCUUCCCUCCACCGCCGCUGCGGAGAGGGAAGAUCCGCCCCGGAGCCCAGCUGGUGACCGGGCCGCCUGGUGACGUGUCCCCCCGGAUCCCGGCGCACGUGGGGUCGCCCUUGUGAUCGGCGUCAGGCGGGGCGGCGGGAGUGACCUUCUCCGCGGCCUAGGCGGGCGCGCUGCCGCCGCCGCCGGGUGGGUCUUGGGCGCGUGGGUACCGGGCAGCAGCCGCAGCUUGCAGCGCGCCUCCGAGGUGUAAAUGCGGCAAGAUGCCCAUCAGCGUGAAUGAUGUGAUGCACCUUCUGUGCCGUGUUUCGGAAGAACAGAAGAUGAAAGCCGCCUUCAAGCACUCAGGACGAGGGGCGCUGGUAGCGGGUGCGACCGCCUUCGUCGGGGGCCUGGUAGGAGGUCCCCCUGGCAUAGCCGUGGGAGGCGCAGUUGGUGGCUUACUUGGCGCCUGGAUGACCACUGGACAGUUUAAGCCCGUCCCUCAGAUUAUUCUGGAGCUGCCUCCUGUGGAACAGCAGCGGCUUUAUGAUGAAGCCUAUGCCAUUAUUGAGAACCUAGACUGGGUUGAUCUGGUGCAGCUGACGGCACUGGUCAUGGGCAAUGCCACUGUUCAAAAGCAAUUGCUCGGGGUGUUGAUGAACUACCUCACAAAUGAGCUCAGGGCUGAGAUCCAGUAUGGAAACUAGAUUCUGCCCCUGUGGAUUUGAGUGUGUUUGAGUCUUCUUCUUCUUCUUCUUCUUCUUCUUCUUCUUCUUCUUCUUCUUCUUCUUCUUCUUCUUCUUCUUUUGUUUGAGUGAACUUUUUCUUUUUUUCCUUUCUCUUCUUCUUCUUCUUCUUCUUCUUCUUCUUCUUCUUCUUCUUCUUCUUCUUCUUCUUCUUCUCUUUUGUUUGAGUGAACUUUUUCUUUUUCUCCUCCUCCUCCUCCUCCUCCUCCUCCUCCUCCUCUUUUGUUUGCACUUUACAGUGAAGAAUAUUUUUAUCUAUUGGAAUCAUUGAUCUCACAGCAAGAGCUGGAAACUGCUGCCUCGUGAAUAAAAGGUCCAUAUCUUCUCCGCAGAGUGCCUCAGACUAGUUUGCUGACCUCCACUCUUUCUGUCCUGUCAUUGGCUCGGUGUUUUUCUUCUUCUGCCCUGUUAAUUUCUAUGUAAACUGCUUUGAGAACUUGGGUUGAAGCUCUUUGGACUUUUGAGCAGUCUGUAAAUAUUUGCAGGAGUAGUAGUAGCUGCCGGUGCCCCACUUCCAGACCCCCAGGGCACCUCGAGCAUUGUUGACCACAACUCCCAGCAUCCCCUACUGCAGUGGCCUUUGGCUGGGGAUGCUAGAGGUUGUAGUCAACAUCAGGUCACCCCGCCCUAAGGACAGGCAUGACUGGGAUUCCCUGUUGUAGAGAACACUGCCCUGCACUGGGUGAACAGCAGGAUGAUGUUGGAUGAACCCUGGUGAAUAAGGUUCACCCAUCAGGGUUAAGUAUUAGAUGAAUACCUAAUAUUAAUGGUUGAUAAUGGCACAGCUCUUUAAACGUGUUGCUGUGUAACCUGUGUCCACCAAAAUCACCUUCAUAAAGCAACUUGCAAUUAUGUUUGUCCAGUGGCCUAAACCUGCCUACCUCCUGUAUAGAGAAAGACAAUUCUGAAAAAUGAAAUGCUUGUUAGCAGUGAAGUGGAGAUCAUUGCAGGCGUCUGAUGUCACCGAGCAGAGCUUCACAACAGCUGAAUGGGCGUUUGGUGUCACCUUUGGAACAGAAGAUGAGUGUUGAGAUUUUAUUUUUAUUUUAUAUAUAUCUGUAUCUAUAUGGAAACCUGGUACCACUGGAAUUGGUGUUUUAGAAUCAGAAUUCCUCUCAAAACGGCCUUGUAGAAUUUUUUUUUUAAGUAUAUGCCUUGAUUACCAAAUUGUUCUCAAUUGCAAUAUAUGUACAGAGUCCUCUAUCUUAAUGCAUCGUGACAUUUUAGUGUUUGAUUAUUUCCCCCUCUUCGUAUGUCCCUCUUCUUCAUAACUCAAAGAAUCUUGUCAUUUUAAUGCACAAGCUUUCAGGGGUUAUAACCCGCUUCCUCGGAUGCAGAGAGAAAGCAAGGAUGGUUAGUUAAAACAUGGAAAUAUCAGCCAGUCUACAAGAUGGUGCCUUAUCCUUAUUCUGAGCUUUAUAAUUGACGAACCAGGAUAUUACAUUUAUUUUUGCACAAUUCAAAGGAUCUUGUUUAAAUUUAGCCCUUUUAAAACCUGAGGUUGGCUUUCCUGGGUUGUUGAUGAUCAGUCUCCAUGUGCAGACCGCAGAAUACAACUCUCACCAGGCCAAGUAAGAGUUCUGCCCUUUUUCUCAGCUAAGGGAUUUUGCCUGCUGUGUUCCAGUCAAGGGGCAGAGAUGGACACCUUCCCAUUUAACUCCUUUUCUGAUAGCUGCAUGUGGUAAAGGUGAAUUGUGCCGUUGAGUCGGUGUCCUGGCACCCACAGAGCCCUGUGGUUGUCAUUGGUAGAAUACAGGAUGGGUUUUACCAUUGUCUCCUCCUGUGCAGUAUGAGAUGAUGCCUUUCAGCAUCUUCCUAUAUCACUGCUGCCCGAUAUAGGUGUUUCCCAUAGUCUGGGAAACAGACCAGCGGGGAUUCGAACUGGCAACCUCUGGCUUCCUAGUCAAGUCAUUUCCCAACUAUGCCAUUCGGUGAACCAGCCACUAAUUCUUCUCAAGAGGACAGCUCCUUGUUUCUCUCACCCCUCCCUCUUGUAUUAUGGGGCAAUGUCUUUUAAAUUAAAUAUUGUCACAUCAGUCAGUCCUUUCUUUCUUUCUUUCUUUCUUUCUUUCUUUCUUUCUUUCUUUCUUUAUUUAUUUAUUUAUUUAUUUAUUUAUUUAUUUAUUUAUUUAUUUAUAUUGUUUCUUCUUGUUUCCACUCUCGAUUGAAAAAGUCAAAAAGUUGAGGUCUCAGUGCCUUGCGUUUAAGUGCAAAAGGCUAGAACGGGUUCCCAACCUGUGGUACUGCAGAUGUUGCUGAACUACAACUCCUAUCCGACUCAGCUACAAUUUAUUGUGGCUGGGGAGGAUGGGAUUUGUAGUUCAGCAACAUCCAGAGCACCGCAGGGUUGGGAACCAACCCCUGAGCGAAAAGACAGAAGUUCUGUGUUCCAUGUUACGUAUUUUUUGUUAGUAGCUGAAUACAAACAAAUGAACUCUGCCUGAAUUUCAGUGUUGAUUGUUUUUUUUAGAAAUAUUUAUAUACUGUUUGCCUCAUGGCUGAUUUUCCUUCACAAAGCAGAAUGGCAGCCUCAUGUGAUAUAAAAUCUGUGAAGUCAAAGCAAGCAAGCCUCUCACCCCCAGCCCUGAAUUUGGGAAAGGGCUGUGGAAUGCAGAAGAUCCAAGAUUUGACCCCGUUAAAGGCUCCUAAAUCUAAAACAUGUUUGCUUGAAGGAGCUGCUGCCAGUCAGAGAAAACAAUGCUGGUCUAGAUGCACCAAUUGUCUGACUCAGUAGAAGGCCGCUUCAUGUACUCGUAGUUUUAGAAACUGGAGCAGAGAAAGACAAGAGAGAAAACUGGGAUCAGCCUUAUGGUGAUACAACUGCAGUCAGUUGCUAUACGAUGUCAAGCAUAAUGGGUGUGAAUAAUAAAUAAAUGGGCUUUUGUGGAAUGAAGUUGAACGGGUUUAUAAUAUUUUCAGCCACUAGGUUGCCGGUUGACUUCUUUUAUAUAAUUUUAUGUAUCUAAAACUAAAACAACUUUUCUUUUUUCCAACAGGCAUGAUGAUUUUUGCAGCAUCAUUUUUGACCAGUUGUGCCUAAUGGGGACAUAUUUCUGUGCUACAUUAUGGAAAAUCCAUAUAUUACUAUUCGUGAUUUUUCAAAAAACAGUAGUGUAGCAGUUGAUACUGCAUGGUGCAAAAUUAGACUUCAAUUUAAAAUAUUUGCACGGUGACUCAUUUUGGCACUCUUUAAAAAAAAACAACUUCUUAAUUUCAGUAUUCUAGUGAAUUUGUACACCUCAACUCUCCUAUGGAAAGGAUUACAACUACUGAUAGAAAUACACCUGAAACCUUUAUUCAUUAUAUUUAAUUUUUUGUUAAAAAAUUAUAUUUAAUUAUAUUUAAUUUUUUGUUUAAAAAUUAUAUUAAAUUAUAUUUAAUUUUUUGUUAAAAUUUUUUGUUAAAAAGCAUAUGAGAAGACAAAUUCAAUGUAUUGUGGUGAUGAAUUUGCCAGAAUAAACAAGGGUCCUGAUCAUUA